CACAAAAAUGAAAAAUAUGUUUAAUGAAGUGGGUUCUUGUAAUUUGUUAGGGUGGGUGUCUCUUGCUCUGUUAUAUUCAGUAAGGCAGGAAGACCUACUGCCACAGAAGAAAUGUUAGAGCUGGAGAAAAUGCACCAUAUUAUGUAGGCUAAUCUGUGUGAUUUCUUUGGGAAGAUAACAAGGAGUGGAGAAAGGGAGAACACCACUUUCUUCAAUCCAGGGAUUUUAAUGGCAGGAAAUGUUGCAGCAAUAAAAUUACGGCAGUUUAUAGAUUCAUCACCUCAAAUCCCUACAGGACCUAUUCAUCAUCAAGGAAAGGAUGUUCUUGGUUACUAUCCAGGGCAGCUGGCACGGCUUCACAUUGCAUAUCCUCCUGAAGGGCAGCCAAAUCUUUUUACAAAACUGCAGCCAAUUCCAGUAAAAGAUGAAACUGUGCCUUACCAUGAGUAUGACUAUGUAGUUCUGAAGCAGUAUAUCCAUUACCAAAAUACAAAGAAGAAAGUCCAUGAUUGGUACACACAAUCCACAUACAGAGAAGCAUUCACAUUACCAUUUUACAAAUCAGACAGUGCAGAGGAUCGUUACCGCCCAAGAACUGAAGCUGAAUCACUGGCAGUCUGGAAAAGUGUUUCUGCCAAGAAGAGAGACAAAGAUAAACCUUCAUUUAUGGGAGCAUGAGAAAUUCUUUCAUCGAGCAUUUCCAAAGAGUAACAUGGAAGAUCCUUUUCAAGACUGCUUCUGUCAAAACAGUUAGAGACUAAGAAUAUAUGGAUGCUGUGGCAAUUUUAAGCACAGUCUGUGUGGUUUUGAAUCCUUUGGAUGUUUAACAAGAGAACAACUUUAAAGUAGUAAAUAUCAAAAUGAAAGACAAAGCUAUAGUAAAAUAAUGAUCACAUACAGCACAAAGGUGGGAUGCAUAUUUUUACAAAGCGCAGAGGGUUAGCUGCUACGAACAGGAAGCCUCUUUACAAAAAUUAAAGCAGCUGACAUUACAAAAUCUAGGAAUGAGCAUUCUCCAUUCUACUUCAUUAUCAUUUCAUAGCUUUACUUUGCAGGGAUUUCUCACCAGUUUCCUUUCCUUCUACAUACAGUAUUAAUUCUGGAAUUGGUGCAUGUACCGUACAUAUUGCUCUUGUCAGAAAUUUCAUUGCAGGAAAAAAUAUUUCAGUGCACUGAAUAGUAACCCAUGCUAUUAGCACUACUUCCUUCCCUGUUAUUCUGCCUAUUUUUUCAACUAAUUACACAAGUGUAGAACAGAUAUGAACAAGUAUAUACUUUGCAAAUGUUUUUAUUCUGACAGUUAUGUUUGUCCAUCUGUCUCCAAGUAUCAAAAAAUGGACUAGAAUCUCCACCAAUACAAUGAGCUAAAACAAGUUGUAGUGCUAACUUCCUAAGUAGCACUUGCAAAACAGACGACUGCAUUACUGUGGUACAAUUUGGACAAAAGAAGCAUGGACCAAUACUACAGAGUAUUGAUGUAACCAAGGAAUGAAAGAAUAUACUCCCCAUCUUGUUCCUUCUACAAGCACAACCAAAAAGCCCUUUAUAAGUGUUUUAUAUUGGCAAAAUAUGAUGAACAUGCUCCUAGAAUGAAGCAUGGCAGGGUAGGUUAUAUUUAUAUUAUAUAUAUUUAUUCACAACUGUCCUUCAUUCACAUCCUUAGCAAGCUGUAAGGAUUAUGUCCACUUGUGAGUAUGCCAGGAAUCCGACCCUCCGAGCAUUUUAUGAGUAAAGAAAUAGAAUCUUCUUAUCAGAGCAAAGCCACUUCCACAUUACACUGCAGCUGCAAAAAACCCAGGCAGAAUGGCCAUGUUGGAGAGACUAAAGACUUUGAAUGCUUUAGUAAAAUUAUCUUCAUUUUUGUAUAAUGCUGCAAAUCCUGUUCUUUUUACACAAAGCUGAACUUUUAUGGUUGAAGACUGGACUAGUGAUCUCCAUAUUUAGCAUGAUAAAACAAGCCCAUAGCCUCUAAAAGAAGAGACUUCCGUAGGGGAAGUAAUUCUCCAGAAAAGAUUGAAGGACUCAGUGUGGUCAUUUAUGGUGAAAAAUCUAGCUGUUCUGUAGUAUAGAAAUGUUGUUCAUUGUUUUUAAAAGGACUCUAAAAGAUACACUGUUGUUGUGUGCCUUCAAGUCAUU